AUGUCCCAACCUUGUUUCAGCAUUUCUCAUGCUGAGUCUAUUGAAUACCACCUUAUUGGAAAUAAAAAAGCAAACCUCCAUAACACUGUCAUUAAUUUAAGAUGGCAACCCCCACACUCCAACACUUACAAACUCAACACUGAUGAAUCUUGUGCUGCGAAUCCAGGAAAAGAGGGAAUUGGAGGUGUCAUCCGAAAUAGCAAAGGUGAUUGGGUUAUGGGUUUUAACAAAAGCUUUACCCAUGCAACCAACAACCUCAUGGAGCUAAUGGCCUUAAGAGAAGGCCUAACUCUAGAUCUUUACCAUAAAAUCAAACCCUUAACUGUAGAGGUGGACUCAAUGGAAAUUUUAAAUAUGUUUCAUCGUGGUAACCCUCUCUAUGAUUCAAUUGUUAAUGCUUGCAGAUUUUUACUAGAGAGCUUGAAGAAUUCUCCAGUCCAGUACAUAUAUAGAGAGCAGAACAGGGUAGCGGACAUGCUGGCUAAGCAGGGAUCGGAAAAGGACCUUUUUGACAGACUCCGUGUCUAUGUAACUCCACCAGCUAAUGUAGGAGUAGUUUUUUGGGAAGACUUAGAAGGGAAAACUAUCUCCCAAUCUAUAAAUGCUCAACACGUAGCGAACCAAAGCAGCUUUAUUUUUGCGCCUGGCUAG